AAGGACCGAUACAGAGAGCUCAUGAGGGUCGCUCGACAGUGGAGGCAGUUGAAGACAAUGAAAUGGCAUGGCUUCGGCCAUCGUUCUGAUAACCCGAGCACAGGAGAACUUGCAUUAUUUUGCCCGGCAUGUCCUCAGCCUGGGAUUAAUGUGCUGUUGUCAGAGGAUGAAUCUCUUGAUGACUGGAAAUACACCCGGUCAUUUGUGAUGGACGGAAAUUUCAAAGCCGAACAUCUGCAUCCCAUUAAGCCAUUCGAUGAAGUUUGGCUGUCCGAUGGGCUUGGAUUCAUGGUAGGAAAGGACAGGUAUAAAAUGCACCUGGCAGAGGCUGCUGACACAGUGGAAAAAUCAAGCUGCAACAAUCACCGGGCAGUAAAUCAAGCUAAUGCUGCUCGGCACAAGCUGGAGUCCACCGGUAUCGGGGGAGUUGCCUGUGCCAGACACGGUUGCUUUGUCCCUCACUCCAUGGUGGAUUUUCAGAAAGGCGAAAGGCAAGCCACAUCCACCAUUCCCCAUUCACGAGUUAACCAUGGACAAAUGAACAUGGACUAUGCCCUUUGCGAGGCUUCCCGGCACAACAUGGAAGGCAUCACCAGGGCUGUCACCUUCUAUGAUAUUAAUUGUCAAUACAACAAACACUUUUGGGUUCGGGUGGAUCGAAGUCGAUUUCUAGAAAUGGCACCACAACUAACCAUCAUUCCCGGAAUUGGGUUGUGGCACGUUCAUGGCCAUCAGGACAGCUGCUAUGUCCGAUAUGCUUCUAACUUUAUUGAAGGCAUUGGUCGGAUCGAUGGAGAGAUCAUGGAGACGCUAUGGGCACGGCUCAAUUUGAUCUCCCCUGCUGCUCGGGGAAUGUCAUCUCCCCACCGAAAGGAAUGCCUUGAUUAUCAGAUGAAUGACUCCAAUUUCUGCAAGAUGAUUCACAUGAAAAGGACUCUAUGCCGGAAAUACAAACUGGCUAGGAAUGGUAUCUUAGAAAGUGGAAAGGCAUUCGACAGACUCGAUGAAGCAGCACCCUUACAUUUGAAGACAGAAUGGUUAGCCAGGGAGAGGAUAGCUCAGUCAAGCAGAUUGAAUGAUCCUUCAGCCAUGGAUGAAUAUGAGAUCAAUAUCAAAAAGGCACCUAGCAAAAAGGAGAUCGAGCUUAGAUUGUUAGAGGAGGGUAACGCCCGCAAUGCAGCACCCUCUCGCAGAUCUGUGGCGACAUGGAUAUCAACAGGGUUAGCAAUUGAAGAGGCUCAGAUUGCAUUGCUCAUCGAGGUCCGAAGGAUCGGAAGAAGAUCCACCGAGACACAGAGAUUAGACAUCGCCCGUCAAAGAGAUCGGCUCCAAGGCCAGAUAGAUGGAUUUGCUCGGUCUGCUCUAACACAUCUCGGGGAGGGAUUUGAUGCAGAUGAUGAACCUGAAGACUUGGACGUAGACAUUCUAGAUGAUCUCGAUGAUGACCUGGCGGAUUUCACAGAGACAUCUCACACAUGGACAAACUCUCCCGAGCUAACUGUAAUCCCAUUGCCAUCAAACCUGGGGGUUGAUAGAUGCAGACGAUGCAUGGCAGAGGAUCUGAUUCCCCUGGAGAUGUCGCUUCGUGAAGGGCAGGCCAAUGAUGCCCUUCACAAUCUCCGCAUUUACCUUUGCAACAAGGCCAUCCUGUUCCGAACAACCGUUAGGCAGGCCAAUUCCCAGGCCCUGAAAACUCGAGCUUGGUCCCAGGUGAUGUCGGUGCACCAGGCAGUCUCCCUCCAUGCCAGCAUAUAUACAAAGACAAGGAAGCAAAUGAUGAAACUUGAGCCGGGGCAAGACCAGCUUCAGAAAUACAAACCCCUGCUUCGCGAGCAACUCAAAAUCAGCACUGCAGUGGGCGACCCAAAUGCCCGAGGUCAACGAAAUGAAUCUUUGGCUUGGUUUUGGUCUGUUGAAGUCGACCUCGGGGGUCCUGAUCAAUCGUGGAAUGAAGAAUGUGAGUUCCCGCUUGCAUGUCAUAUCCCGCGGUUACCUGACUGGACCCAUGCCAAGUUUACCGAGUCCAUUGGCUGA